AUGGCUGGAACACGCAACUAUGACUUCCUAAUAAAACUUCUAUUGAUUGGCGAUUCCGGUGUCGGCAAAUCAUGUUGUCUCCUGCGCUUCAGCGAAGACAGCUUCACGCCCAGUUUCAUCACCACGAUCGGCAUAGACUUCAAGAUCCGGACCAUCGACUUGGAUGGCAAGAGAGUGAAACUGCAGAUAUGGGACACCGCAGGCCAAGAACGAUUCCGAACGAUCACCACCGCAUAUUACCGAGGCGCCAUGGGCAUAUUGCUGGUCUAUGAUGUGACGGAUGAGAAGAGCUUCAACAAUAUCCGCACAUGGUUUUCCAAUGUCGAACAACAUGCGAGUGAAGGCGUCAACAAGAUCCUCAUCGGCAACAAAUGCGACUGGGAAGAGAAGCGCGUCGUGUCCACGGAACAAGGACAAGCCCUGGCCGACGAGCUGGGCAUCCCAUUCCUCGAAGUCUCCGCCAAAGCAAACAUCAACAUCGAAAAGGCCUUUUACUCGUUAGCCUCGGAUGUCAAGAAGCGUCUGAUUGAUAGUUCCCAGGACACCGGAGCCGGCGCCGGCAUGCACUCGGGUGGAGGUGUUAAUGUCGCACAAAACCAGGGUGCCGGAGCAAGCGGCAAAUGCUGCUAG